AGAACUGUAUGUCUAUACAUUGCUCCUCACAUAAGAGAGCUCCAGUGUCUAUACUGUACUGUCACAUGAAAGCUGGUAUAUCUGGUGAAGAGCCGUCAUCAUACGAUGAAGGCGGAUUGAAUAGAAGACCAACUGUCCUCUGGGUUUGAUUAGCUUUUGGGGUCAUACACUGUCCGGAUAACUGUUUCACGAAGAUGGCGAAGCAAAGAAAGGCAAAAUUCCAGGCCACGCCUGACCCUAGACCUAACCCUGUUACUGAGAGAUCACUUAUCCCUGUCACUGUCUCUGAAGAACCAGCAGCAAUCCGUACUCGCCAUGAUUGGAAAGACUCCACCAGAGCUUUGAUGAUUCCUGGUCUUGCCGCGGUAUAUUCCAGAGUAUCCUUGUUGGCUUUGGCACCGGUUUAUGGUUCAACACCAGCACACAUGUAUCACGAAACUCUCUGCAACACUGCCAUCUUAGCAGGGUCUUUCUUGUAUACACGGAUUCCUAAUGCCCUCAGAAAGGCUGAAAACAUUCUUCCGGCACUCGCAAUAUCUAUCCCCAUUUUUCAAAGCUUCCUCUUCCAGCAGAGCUCUCGGUUUGGUAACCCGGCUGGACCGGUGUUGACUGAACUGAUAACCAUCUGCCCGUUGCUGUUACUUUCAAUGUCCUCGUAUUCAAGGAUUAUCUCAAAUACAUCGAACCUUCGCCGAGCAAACCGACUGCAACUCCUUUCGAGGUUCAUUCCAUUAUUAUUUGGGGUUGUUCUGUUCAGACUGGCGGAUUCGGCAUCUCAGACUUUGUUACCAUCGUAUAUCGGCUCGAAUGUCUUCAUGACGACAUUUGAUUUGCAAGUUAUUAUUGCAUGUAUCUACUCUUUUAUUCUUCCCUCCUAUCUGUCAUGGGUUCUAUUUAUGCUACCCGGAGUUUACCUCUACGUGACGUCGGAUAUGGACGCAUCGUUUGUGCUUACACCGGCUCGUGUCAAUUCGACUUUACAUGAGGUGGGAUACAGUCUAGUUGACCGGCAGGAGUCCUUGACUGGAUACAUAUCCGUCUUGGACAAUGUCGAGCUUGGAUUUCGCGCCAUGAGAUGUGAUCAUAGUCUUCUGGGAGGACAAUGGACGAGUCGACCAUCGGAUUAUAACCCGCGAGUAUCAGAUCCUAUAUAUGCUGUUUUCACUAUGCUCGAGGCGGUCCGGCUUGUGGAGCCUGACUCUAGCCUACCGGAGAAAGAGGACAAGGAUAGCAAUGCGCUCGUCAUCGGACUCGGAAUAGGUACGACCCCUGCUGCACUGAUUCAACACGGUAUAGAUACGACUAUUGUAGAAAUCGAUCCGGUUGUAUACAACUUUGCAUUACAACAUUUUGGGUUCCCGCAAAACCAUACUGCAGUCAUUGAUGACGCAGUUUCAUUCGUCGAGACCGCACGAUACGAACGCAUGAAGUAUGAUUAUAUCAUUCAUGAUGUUUUCACGGGUGGUGUCGAACCUGUUGAGUUGUUCACUCUGGAGUUUAUGCAAGGGCUUGACGCAUUACUCGAAGACGACGGUGUGAUUGCAAUUAACUACGCUGGAGAUGUUUCUCUCCCCGGUGCAGGAGUAGUAAUCCGCACAAUAAAGACGGUCUUUCCCGAAUGUCGCAUUUUCCGUGAAAAUGACGGCUCCGAAACACCAGCAGAAGAAUCUCUCGAGUUCAUCAACAUGGUCGUCUUUUGCAAGAAGACUCGUACGCCUCCGUUGACUUUCAGACAGCCCAAUGAAGGUGACUAUCUCGGUAGUCAGUCUAGGAAGUCGUACAUGGUACCACGACGGGAGAUAGACCACAAGAUAUUUGGCAUCGGUGAUGAUUCGACGGAUCAGCGUCUUUUAGAAGUUGGUAAGACGGAUGUCCUAGAGUCUUACCAUACUCAAAACGCGAUUGGACAUUGGAAUAUUAUGAGAAAGGUACUUCCAGCCAAGGUAUGGGAGAACUACUAACAUGUUUCAUAUAUAUGAAGAAUUCAUAUAAUUGCCUUCGGAAAUGUCGAGCGUUUAUGGAUAGAAGCUUGGAAUAUACUUGUUUCUGAACAUCUGUUC